AUGACGAAUUCGAAUUCCACUGUUGAUAAUAGCGCUCUUCGCCAAUUGAUCUUCAUAAACUCUAGUUAUCGUAACCGUCACCUAAUGGUCAGACAUAACGAUGCCAAGCCAAUAUUUAAGCCACCGUUUCCACCAAAAUUUGAAGCAGAAGAUACUACUGGAAAGCGACAAAGUGGUGCCAAUCCAAGCAAGCCUCCCAAUGCAUUUAUUCUUUAUCGUAGAGCCUUUGUUAAAGCCGCGAUUGCGGAAGGAUAUCAACUCCCAAUGACCGUUAUUUCGACUAUGGCUUCGCAAUCUUGGGAGCAAGAAUUACCCUUUAACAUCGAUAAUUCAAACGGGGUAUUUAAAAAUUUGGUUAACAUAGAACAAUUUACAAUGGCUAUGCCUGAAUCAGAAGAUUCUUUUAAUUUCCCCAAAAUUCCCGAGGUUUCAUUCGAAGCUGAUACUGACUUUAACCUAAUAUCCAAUGAACUUCUUCCCGAAUCAAAUCCAUCUAUUGUUGAAUUGAUUGAAAAUAUGCCAACAAUCAACAAUAAAUUUACGGAAGUUAUCGAUGUAUUAAAUUCACAAUUUUGCUUCAAUAAUAAUUCUUUCGAAUCUUUUGAACACUUUAUUUUUGACGAAUCAAUUGAUACAGCAUCUACAUUUCAACCAGCACAAGAACCAACAAUUUUGGAUCAAGAUAGUUUUUUGUUGGAACAACAAGAUCCAUUAAUAUUUGAAACCGAACUAGAACACUUACUAUCCUUUUCUGACGAAGAAUAA